AUGAUGUCAGAAGUGAAUGAAAGAAAAAUAUUAACAAUUACAAAGAAUGAUAAUGUUUUGGAUUUAGUUAAGAUAAAAGUUAGAUUAGAUGAACAUUUUUAUAUAUUCUCUCGUUUUAUGAUAAGCAGAAUGUUAACAUUAUCAAGAAUAAAGAAAUUGGAUGCAAUAUAAAUAGCUAAAGACAUAAAAAAAUAAUUAAUAGAUAGGAAUUCACUUGAGAUUAGUUCAAAUGAAUUAGAAGCUAUUAUAUUUUAGACAAUGAAUAAAUUUGGAUAUUAGAAUAACAUCUAAAAAUAUUAAAUGGUUUCAAAGUACUAAAUCAAAAAAUCAUAGUUUCUAUCGACACAGAACUCCUAUGAUUAUUAUCAUUUUUGGUGCCCCAAGUAUAGGAAAAUCUCUAUUAGCAAAUAACUUAGCAGAAAGACUUAAUAUUUCUAAUGUCUUAUAAACUGACAUUGUGGAAAUGGUCAUGAGAAGUAUAAAUCCAGAAUAAUUCAAUUAUGAUUAAAAUGAAGAUUUCAUUACUAAAUUUAAGAAAGUAACAGAAUUAACAUUAAUUAAGAGAAUUGCAGAUUGAUUAGAAGAGGUGUUUCAACAGAUAUUUCUAAAUGUUUAUCUGAAGGCAAAGCAGUAAUUAUUGAAGGUAGUGCAGCAAUGCCAGAAUAUUAUUUAGAAGCUAUUGAUAAAUAAGAUCCUUAAAAUGAUGAAUAAUAAUUAUAAUUAAUUACAAGUUUCACAUAAAAUGAUAUUAAACUAAAGAAACCUUAAAGAAAGGAUUUAUUACUAUUUAAUUAAUAGAUAAAAUUAAAUACUUAAUUUAAAAUUAUCUUUCCUUAACCUGAUUAAGAUUUAGAAGAUGAUUAACAGAUUUAAAAACAUUUGAAAUUAUGUAAAGAUUUAAAUAAAAUUGUAUAAUUAUUUAUUCAAUUAGGAUUAAUCUCAUUCAAUGAUUUUAGGUUUCUUACCUAUAUUAUCUAGAAAUGAUCAUUUAUAUAAUAUAGAAAACAAUACAAGUAAAAAGAUACCAAAAGACUUAAUUGAGGAAAAACUUAAUUAAUAUUAAUCUAUUUAAAAUGAAUUAUUAAAAUAAAGAAGUAAAUGUAUUUUAUUACCUAUUAAUUUACAUAAUUUAGAAGAAACCUUGGUAAUAAUUAUUUAGAUUAUAUUAGGAUACUAUGCAUGAUAUUAUAUUAUAAAAAAUAUUAGAUCAAUCAACUUGA